AUGCAACACGUGUUGUCUCGUCAGAUCUCUGAGCUUGGCAUUUACCCUGCUGUGGAUCCUUUGGAUUCUACAUCUCGUAUGCUCUCUCCAUAUAUCUUGGGUGAGGAACACUAUAAUAGCGCUCGUGGUGUGCAGAAAGUUCUCCAAAACUACAAGAACUUGCAAGAUAUCAUUGCCAUUUUGGGAAUGGAUGAGCUCAGUGAAGACGAUAAGUUAACUGUUGCUCGUGCUCGUAAGAUCCAAAGGUUCUUGAGCCAGCCUUUCCAUGUAGCAGAAGUGUUCACUGGUGCUCCUGUCAAGUAUGUGGAGUUGAAAGAGAGCAUCACCAGCUUCCAGCUUGAUCCGGAGGCAAUGGUGGCAGCUCGGAGCCAUGACCGACUGCUGAGAACCACCGUCUCCAACGUCCAACACCGGUAA